ACACAUAGUCCCAUAGCCUUCUCCCAAUAUAUAAGCCCAACCCUAAACCCACCACAUAGUAGUUUCUCAAAACACAUCACACCUUCAAACCCGAACCCUAACCCUAGAAGAAAGAAAAAAACCCACAACACACAAUCAGUACUACCAACUAGGGUUUUUGUCAUGGCUAGUUUGCAAACUAGGGUUUUCUUGAUGGCCCUUCUGUGCCUGCUGGCUCUUGGUGCAACCAUUAUUCCAAUGGCACAAGGGGAAGUGUCAUGUGGCCAAGUUGUGAGUAACCUGACCCCAUGCAUCUCCUAUGUGCUAUAUGGUGGAGCCACGGUUCCUGCACAGUGCUGCAAUGGGAUCAGGAACCUCUAUGGCAUGGCUCAGACCAAACCAGAUCGCCAAGCUGUUUGCAACUGCAUCAAGAACGCUGUUAGGAACAGUGGCUUCACCUACUCUCACUUCAAUCUCAACCUUGCUGCUAACCUUCCCAAGAACUGUGGGGUUAACAUUCCCUACCAGAUCAGCCCCGACACAGACUGCACCAGGGUGCAGUGAGGUUGGUGCAUGAUGUUUAUGUUAGCAGUGUUAGAAUAAGAGGCCACGUGACACGAAAAGGGAAUGGCUAGAAAUUGCUUUUUUAAGGCUCUUGUACUAGUGCUCUUGUAUUAUGUCUGUGGUUAUAUAUAUAUAUUAUAUAGUGUGUAACUGAGGUCAUGGUGCUGCUUGUGUAGCAUGCUUAAUUAUGUAGGCUUUAGUAUAAGAUCAUAUGAAGUUAUGGGAAGAAACAUAUGGUUGUGUAAGCUGUAGUUGUCACUUAUUUAAUGAUAUGAGCAAUUUGGGAAAUACAA